AUGUUUCAAAAAAGCUUGAUUUCAGCUCACGGAUACAACGUGGAUUAUUACAUCGCUAAUCAAACGUAUUUCAAACCAGCCGAUAUGGCUCAAUUUUCAGAAUUGAUAGCCGAACGUUUUCCACCAGAAAUCGCCAUAACAUAUUAUAAUCCACGUGACAUUUCUGCUGGCAAAGAUCAUACAUCCGGCGCGCUCUAUGAUCGAUUUCAUAACCGAAGACACCUUAAACGACCUCUUGUUCCAUGCACCAAACGAAAGCAAUCCAAAGUCAAAAUCGCAUCUUUUCUCUCGGAGCAACAAACAGCUGCAUCACAACUGCAAGAAGAAGAUAUCACUAAAUUGGACGCCAUCAAAGCUUGGUUGCGAAAUAAUUUUGAUAAAAGUGAUAACUUCUCGAAGCAGUGGAAGGACUCGAUCCUGCUGAGGCUGAGAAGCAUCCUUCAAGAUACAAACAUUAAUAAAUCGACAGUUCUUUUGGAGUGGCCUCGUUACCUUGAUGAGAACGGAUUUUUGUUGAUUGAUUCGGACUUUAAUUUCCUAUACCAAAAAUCAGACGACCAGUGUAAUCUUUUCAACAAGUGGGAAUGGUUUUGUACAAAUUUCUAUGAAUACAUUUUGUCCAGUGCCCUCAAAGACCAAUAUUCAAUUCAUUUGUUGAGCGUGCUGGAAAAUGGAAACUGUUCGCAGGAUUCUCGUGAUUUUAUUCUAUGUGCCGUUUUCCAUGCCAUAAUUAAACCAGUAAGAACAUCCGCUACAAAGUUACCGACAAUACUACAAGCUCAACUGGACACCUGUUUGGUUUGCAACACACAAGAGGUCUUGUCGAACUCGUUGCAGGUCCAACGAGAGAAGUUUGAAAAAGCUGAUAUUCAAUUCGCACCGAGAAUUUAUGCAGUAGGAUCAACCGAACGCCUUGAAUGUUUCUAUGUUGUUACACACAACUUGCAGUAUAAGCUUCCAUCCUUCGUGCGUUGCCUAGACGUGGUCGUAAAACUGAAAUACACAUUGGAUUUGAACUUUUCGGAAAGCGCUGAGCUCUUCUGGGCCUUCCUAAGCCGAUAUUUCUACGGUGUUGAAUACAACAACAAAUCGAAGAAUACCCAAGUGCUACAGUUGCUGGAUUAUUUGCAAAAGCGAGAAGUAUGAACUUUUUCUUGUGCGGACUCACAUUUGCGUCGCAACGAAGUCUUUUUGAUCAUCUUACUAUUCUACAUGGAACGCCACCCACAUUCAACUACAAAUGCACAGCGUGUGCACCAAUUGUUUCCUUUCCUGAGUUGAAAAGAUACAAAAAGCAUGUUUGUACAACGCAUGCCAAACUUUGCACAUCAGAUGUCAAUUCGGAAAAUCUACCCAUCACUAUUACUUCAGUGCUCGAUCAAAAUUCGCAAGGUGAAUCAAGUGGACACCAAUCAUCAGAUCAGAACAUCGGAGAAUCAAGCGAUCAUCAUCAUCGAUCAUCAGUUCGGAGUAACGACUUCGGAAAGGAAGAACCUGAGAAAAUAAAAACUUUUACUGAAGAAGAUAUUUUAGAUUUAAGAUGCUCUUUAAAAGAAUUAUUUUUAAGUUUUUCGCAAAACCUGUACGGUAAAAAGCAUUUCACAAGAAAAGAUGUAGUCGAACUUCAGCAGAGUAUUACAGAAAAAAUAGUUAAACCGAUUUGCGAUACUUUCUUAAAAAUAGCUUCUUUUCCAGAAGGCAGAGUAUAUGAGCAGUUGCUCAAUGAUAUUUGUGAUCCAUGGCAAUUUAUUUCUUCGGAACAAAAAUUUGUUUCACAAAUGAAAAAUAUAGGUUUUGAUGAUAAGUUACAGAUGAUCGAGUAUAAAAAUGAAUCGAAUAAGAUCAUAUCGAAAGGUUGCCUUAUGCCAAUGAAAGAUCAAAUCAAACAAUAUUUCGAAUCGAGAUCUAUUUUUUCAGAAACAGUUCAGAAUGUGCGAAAAUUAGAAGAAACUGAAGCUAUCACAAACGUAGUCCAUGGUACGUUUUGGCAGUCAGUCAAAAAUGAUUUCAAAAACAUGCAUAUUAUACCUUACUUUCUAUUUAGUGACGAAUUUGAAGUUAAUGAUGCAAUAGGUGCUCAUUCAGGAACUCAUAAGGUUUGCGGUAUAUAUUACAAUUUUCCCACCAUUCCACCACAUUACCUAGGGCGGUUGGAAAAUAUGUUUGUAGCUGGGUUUAUAAAGGCAAGCGAUAUGACGGAACGUGGGCCU